AUGGACAACCCUAAGCCGAGCGGUUCUCCACCCUACGGCAAGGUGCUGAUACUGGGAGCCAUAGCAGCAGCCUCUGCCUUUGUGGUGACCAUCCUUAUAGUGCUGGUGUGUGUGGGCUGCCAAAGGAAAAAUAAACCCAAGCAUGCUCACGCUGGAGGUGAAAACCACAAAUCUGUGGAUACGAAUCUCCUCCGUCAGUCAAAGCUCAAUCCAAUGAGUAAGUCUGACACCCGUCUCCAUGAGAUGCACCGGGUUCCCUGCAGUGUCAACGGCGGUCCCAAAAGUCGUCCGGCCAGCAUGGACCUGUUGCUGUUGCACAGCCGUCGCUCCAACUCUGACCUCCGUGUCUCCAACGCCCGGCUGCUCCCGCAGGUUCCCAACAGCCCAGGGGGAGAGGAGCGAGAGCACACCUACUCCGAGGUGGGCUAUCGCGCCUCCCCCUCCCGUUGUUUGGACGAUGGUCUCUACGAGAGUGUGGGCGUCAAAGGGACGGAGCGAGAUCCAGAGGCCCCGCCCCCGGCCCCGCCCCCCACGUCUGCCAACACGCCGGCCCAGCGCCGGGCCCAAAGCCCUGUCAGCUCCAAUGGGAAUGGGACGGGCAGGGGGAGGGGGGUAAACGGAAUUAGCCUGGAGCCCGUGACGGCGGAAUACGCCUCCAUACGGAAGGUGAGGAAGGUGGAGAGAGGCCAGAGGAGGGAGAAUAACGGGAUGGAGCAGACUGACGUGGAACUGCAGCGUCUCUCCAGCGCUGAACCGACCACCAGUACCUUACAGAGGAAAGCUAUUGAGCCUUUCCAUCUACCAAACUUUCCUAAGGAGGCGGUGUUCAUUGGUAACGGGGAACAGUAUAUUUGGAAACCCCCAGAGGAAGAUGACAUCAUUAUACCCUCAGGACCCCCUCUUGAGAACGGACAGGGUCACUCCACUGCUGCAGAGAUGACCAUUGUCGUCCCUGAGUCAUAUCAGCUGAAGCAUGGAGUCUGA